AUGUCUGAGGAGCUACCGAAGAGGCUUUUUAAGGAGGUCGAGGAGCCCCGAGUUACUCAGAUCAACAACAACUGCAGGAUCGACUACAUAAUCCGAAAGUUCCAAGCGUGGCUGCCAAAGGAGUUGGAUGUCAUGAAGAAAGACCCGGUUUUUCAUCAGAUUUUUAAGCUCCAUGAGAAUGGUCUUGGAUACUCUGCCAGGGUGAUACACAGCUUCUUGUGUAGGGAGCUGGUGACUUUCUUACAGCACGAGCUAUGGUUUGUCUUUGCGAGGAGACCGCUUCGAUUCUCAUUGCAAGAGUUCCACGCCGUAACCGGGUUUGAAUGCGAUACUCAUAUCUCGCUUGAGGAGUUUGAAGAGUGGAAAUAUGAUGGUGGUUUCUGGAGCAAGGUUUUGAGGAGAAAAGAUGGAACAAUUACACUCUUCAACCUGUGGACUAAGGACAAGGAAGCUGUAAAGAAGUGGAGGAAUGCAGAUCGCAUACGUCUUGUCUACUUGGCGAUCAUUCUUUGUGUGGUAUUAGCGAGAGAUGAGAAGGCUAAUAUCCCCCUGAAGUACAUCGCGGUGGUCAUGGAUCUUGACAGAGUUCGAAGGUAUCCUUGGGGAGUUGCUGCUUAUGACCUUCUCUGCAAAUCAAUAGCCAAAAAUCGUUCCCAACUGAAGGAAAAGACCACUAGCUAUGUCUUGGAUGACUUCUCAUACGCCUUGCAGAUUUGGGCAAUGGAAGCGGUACCAAAAAUUGGGAAGCUUUGUGGAAAAAAGCUAGAUAAGGGUUUCAAGGACGGUCCUAGAUGCAUAAACUGGAUGGGAGCUGCGAAGGUGUCAUAUGAGGAGAUCAUUCGCUUGGAGGAGAUUAUUACACCCAAGGAUGACAUCUACCCAUACAUCUCAUGGACAGGAAAUUAUGAUGUUGUCAAAGCUCAGGCGUUUCGCAAAGAUGAUGAUGUGGAGGAUGAUAGAAUCAAUGUUCUGAUGGAGAUGAUAAAGAAGGGGCAUGAUUUUAGUGAGCAUGUUUGGGAAACUGAAGAAAAUGAAGUGAUUUCUUUAUCUCUCGAUGACGAAUCAGCUGUGAAUGAUGAAGCAAGCGUGAAUGUUGAAGCAGCCGAGAGUGAUGACGACUUUCAGACUCCGAAAGGAUCAAAAAAUGUUGGUUCUAGAUCAAAGAGGGGUAAAAAGAGGCUUCCCGAUCGUGGUAUGGAGAAGAGAAAGCAUAAGGUUCUCGCAAGUGGUGCAAAGCAAGCUCCUUUUAAUGAAGACAUGAAGGCUUUUAUGACACAGUUGUUUGAGCACAACUUCUCUGGAAUGGAACAAAGGAUACAGAAACAGAUGGCCGAGACAUUUGAGCAGAUGCGGACAGAGCUUAAACAAUCACGUAAGGAAGCCAGCGUUGAAGUUGAGCUUGGAGAGCCUUCACCGACAAAGCCAUCGACGAGCCAGGCACCGUUGAGGAGGUCCACACGCGGGGUAAACAAACACUAGUCUUCACCAUCCUCUUCAAUGUUAUUUU